CCUUCUUAUAAACAUGCUUCGUAACUCCACCUGGCGUAAGUACAGUGCUCCUUUCGCCGCGGAAACUUGGAGAUGAUACAAAAGCUAAUGUCAUAACCAUGGCAAUGGCAGGUCUGGACGAUACCAACCUGGCCAACUUUGGCUCGGAGCUGGAACGCGAACAUCGUAAAGAGCAAGGGGCGCUCGAAGAAGCUUGGAACUAUGAAGGCUCACCUAUUGGCAGUGAAACCGGUCUUUGGAUUUGGCGUGUCCAAAACUUCGCACUCGUCUCGGUUCCCCCGAAGAUGUACGGACAGUUUUACCAAGGUGACAGCUACGUCAUCCUCAAGACAACUAAAAAAGAGAACUCGGAUAAACUCAUUCACGAUGUCCAUUUUUGGCUCGGCCUCGAAACGACUCAGGAUGAAGCUGGUACAGCGGCGUACAAAACCGUCGAGCUCGAUGAUUAUUUGGAUACCUUGGCAAGCCAACACAGAGAAGUGCAACGUCGUGAAUCGGUGCUUUUCAAAUCGUACUUCCGCACUUUGACUUACUUGCAAGGUGGCUUUGCUAGCGGGUUCAACCAUGUCGAACCUGAAGUUUUACCUACACGCUUACUACGCGUUCACCGCCCCGCCGCACUCAAAGGCACACGCACACAGAAUGCAGUGGUUAUUACUGAAGUGCCCCUGAGUCAUGAAAGCUUGUCCUCCGGUGCUGUCUUUGUUCUGGAUACCGGCGAUACCAUCUUCCAAUGGCAAGGUGCUCAGGCCCGCGGUAUUGAACGUGCAAAGGCGGCUGAAUUUAUUUCGCAACUGCUUAGCGAGCGCGAUGGCAAGGGAGAAAUGGUGGUGGUUGAACAAAACUCGGGCGGUGAAUACCAAUUCUUUAAAGCGCUUGGUUCUGAAGGUCCCGUUUCGGAUGCAACGGAAGAAGAAGAAGAAGAAGCCGAGGAGAUCGAAGAUGAAAAGGCCGAAAAAGUCUUGCUUCGCCUUAGCAGCCACGGUCCGUUUGGUCUGGGUGGUCUCAAGUUCGAAGAAGUGGCACGAGGCAGUAUCUCCAAGGAUAUGUUCGAUACCCACUAUAUUUAUGUAUUUGAUGUUGGUCAUCAAGUAUACGCCUGGUUUGGCAGAGAAGCUCAUCGCAAAGAACGUCGCCAGGGAUUGCAGUAUGCGCAGGACUAUAUCAAGAACAACAACAAAUCUCCUUUCACGCCUAUCUGUAAGAUUGUCGAAGGAGCCGAAGACGAACUCUUUGAGGCUUCCCUUGAAGGAUGGCAAGGAUGGUAAUCACCCGUUGGCAUAUAAAUUUCGAGCAAGAACCAUCUAUAUACCAUUAUUAAAAUGAAUCCCCUUGAAAAUGAUUUUUACCCAUGCGGGUUUGGUUCACGCUCAAGACUUGUAAUACACACUGAUCAAAAACAGAUGAUUAUCAGAUAGUGACAUUAUUUGAGUAAAGAAGAUGCUGGUGGGUGCUCAAGCGUUUCCAAUUUUACUUUUAUAUUCAUCAUCCAAUGUCUGAUACAUCAGAGUAUGGCUUAAAGGAUAUUUUGAAUACAGCAUCAAUGGGUAUCCAGGCUCUUGCUAAAAUCGAUAAAGUAUUAAUUUAUUGUGCUCUUGCACAAUCCAAAAGUGAGUGGUCAUAUCCUCUGCACAUGGGGUUCACCCGCCGAACGUGCCCAUGUG